AGCAAAAUAAUCAAUUUUGUAGGAAUGGAAAAAUCCAACCAAACUUCUCCAAAAGAAAUGGAGCCCCGCCGUUAUCAGAUGGAACUUCUAAAUUAUGUUAUGAAUCGGAAUGCUGUAAUCUACCUUCCAACUGGAGCCGGUAAAACAUAUGUCGCUAUAAUGGCACUCAGGCAGUUUUCCCAUAAAAUGCAAGAGACAAUAGAGAAUGGUGGAAAACGGUCUAUAUUCAUGUGUAACACUGUGGAGUUAGCACGUCAACAAGCCAUAGAGUUAAAAAAAUGUACUAACUUAAAAAUUGGAUUCUAUGUAGGCGAGCGUGAUGUGGAUAGUUGGUCCCGACAUAAAUGGGAGGAGGAAAUUAAAGAAAAUCAAGUUCUCGUUGGUACCGCACAAAUUUUUUUGGAUAUAGUGUCUCAAAAUUUCAUUAAAAUUACUGAUUUAAGUGCUGUCGUAAUUGACGAAUGCCACCAUGCAACAAAAAGCCAUCCAAUGCACGAAUUUAUGCGACUUUUCCAAGACAUCCCAGACAAAACUAAUUUGCCUCGUGUGAUAGGUUUAACUGGUGUAUUGUUAAAGGGUAACAAACUACAUAAAAUACGCGAGGAACUUGAAAACUUAGAGGCAACUUUCCGGGGUAAUAUUAUUACAGUCAGUACUAUGGAAGAAUAUCACAAUGUGAUGACAUUUUCAACAAAACCAGCAGAAAAACUCAUUGCAUAUAGCAAUCAAAAGCAUAAUUUUAAAUUGACGGAAAAGAUUAAUCGAAUAAUUAAUGAAUGUUGUAGUAUAAUAGAUCUAUGGGAUCUGGGAACAAUAACAUCAAAACAAACGAAAAAUUUGGGAUCUCUACGUGAGCCAAAUAAAAAAAAUUUUAUAAAGAAUCUUCUAAAAGAUUUUGUAUAUCAAAUGGAUGAAUUUGGUUUAUAUGCGUCCGCUAUAGCAAUAAUGUCACCUAUUAUUGAAUUUGAGCUUAAGAAACGAUCAGCUGAAACAAUGGCUUUGCGUAAUCUUUACCGUUAUGCUAUUAGUACUUGUGAAAAGAUACGUCACAUGCUUGUAAACGAAUUGAAGGAAGAAGAUACAGACCCAGAUAGCGCUUGCCACACGAGGGAUAUUAUACUUAAUUUUGCUACUCCUAAAAUGCGUUCCCUACUUGGCUUAAUAGAACAACAAUUUGCUAACAAGGACCCGGCAGACAUUCGCUGUUUGAUAUUUGUCGAGCGUCGCUACACUGCUAAAUGUAUAUAUUAUGUUCUACAAAAAUUUAUUGAAUUGGAACCAAAUCUAGCUAAAUCCUUGCGUCCGCAGUUUAUGAUAGGACGUAACUCUAUAGCGCCAAGCAUAGAAAGUAUUCUUGACCAAAAAUGGAACAAAUCGGUAAUCGAAGGCUUUCGCACUGGUGAAAGCAAUUUACUCGUCUGCUCCAAUGUACUGGAAGAAGGUAUUGAUGUACAGGCCUGCAAUUAUGUUUUCGCUUAUGAUCCACUAAAGACCUUCAAUUCUUAUGUACAGACAAAAGGUCGGGCACGUAGUAAUGAAUCUCAGUAUGUUAUUUUCACACCGGAAAUAGAUAAAAACAAAGUUAUAUUACAAAUUAAAAAAUAUCAAGAAGCGCAUAAAAUGAUACAGGAAUUCUUGAUUGGGCGAAUCUUGGAUAGAGAUGAUCCCACAGAGGAUGCAGUUGCUGAACAGUUUGUAGAUCUUAUUCCACCCUUUAUUGUGCCGAGUGGUGCGUGCUUGUUGGCUUCGGGGGCAUUAUCUCUCUUACAUCGUUACUGUCAACUGUUGCCUACUGAUGCUUUUGGGUUCGCCAUGCCAUGGUUCACUAAACAACCACCGACUAAGCAGGGCAUAUGCGUCGAAUUAAAUAUGCCCCUUCAAUCCUCAGUGAAGGAGACUAUAUUGAGCGAUCUAUAUCCAACAGCUAAACUCGCAAAAAUCUCAGCUGCUUUUAAAGUUUGCAAAAGGCUAUACGAACAAGGUGAACUGAAUGAACGACUACUCCCGGUUACUAAGCGUGAAUGUGUAGAAAAAGUUUCGGAGGAUCUUUUUGAACAUUGGAAAAAAUUCAAAGAUAAUAUCACAUCUAAAACUGCUGGCAAGCAACAACGGCGUCUUUAUAAUCGAAAAUAUCCGGAUGAGCUUUAUAAUGCAGUUCCACAGGUGAACGAAGUUUGCUACGUCUACGAGAUACACGCACAUCCACAUUAUGAAAUCGACAGUUAUACAGAACAUAUAGCCGAGCUAUUAAAUACUAAUUGUAACUAUGCUAUUUUGACACGUAAACGAUUGCCACCACUCGCAGAAAUGCCCUUAUUUAUGAAUCAGGGUAAACUAUCAGUAAAAAUUUCCCCGGAACCAAUUGUAGUAACCAUAUCAAGUGAACAACAAUUGAAACAAUUAUCGAAAUUCCAUUUAAUGAUCUUCCGGGAUAUAUUGGAGUGUUGGAAGAGUUUCCUUGUGUUGGAUCAACGUAACCAAGAGAACGCAUACCUUAUAGUGCCGAUGAAUGCGGGUAAAAUUGAUUGGAAUUUGGUGCAAAAUUUCCAAAGUUUGCUACCGCAACGCAAGUACAGUGUCGCUGAAAGACAGAAAAAGGUAUAUAAACCGGAGGAUUAUUUGGGGAAAGUGAUUAAUAAAUGGUACUCAGGCAGGGAAAAUCAACGUUUCGUUGUAACCAAAGUAUUAACUAAUUUAACACCUGAAAGUCCAUUCGAUAAUAAUCAAUUUUCAAGUUAUAUUGAUUUUAUUGAUUGCAAAUAUAAAACUGAAGUAGAUCGUGUUGUGCAAAAGGAUCAAUUCAUGUUAGAAGUACGCGCCUUAACUUCCCGACGUAACUUUUUUAUAAAUGCCAUUGGAAAAUCAGCUAAAUCUCAUCAGAAUAAUUCUAUCAUACAUCUCAUACCUGAACUUUGUCACAAUUUUAUGUACCCGGGUGAUAUGUGGUUAAAAGCUUUACUACUGCCAAGCAUAUUACACCGCGUUCAUUUCUUGUUGCAUGCUGAAGAGUUGCGCCGCCGAGUUAAUAAAUAUCUAGGUAUCGCAGACAAAGUGGCAUACCAACCAAAGAAAUUAGUAGUCGACGAGUCCUUGGCUCGUGCUGUGGAUCAUGAUGGCAACGCUAUGGAAGAACCAGAGGAACAAAAAAAACUACUUCCUGCUUUGCCAACCCGCUGCACCAAGGCCGUUUAUGAAAUUCACGAUAUAAAUGAUGUAUCCUGGAAGGAUUAUUUAGAGCCAAAAGACUUUUCACGCAAAACAAAUUCGGUAUAUCCCGUUGAAUUAGAUUAUUACUACAAGUUUAUAAAUGGCUUGGCAGUGGAACUAGAUGCUUUGAAAUUGAACGAAGAGGAAUGGUCACAGUCGCAACUGAAUAUGCCGAAAAUAUGUUCGUCUGAUGCAUCAAUAAACGAUUUGAAUAUCGGCCGCAUGUCAGUAUGUGAUGUUCCGAUGGUUGAUAAACGUCGCCUUGAUAUUUUGGAAUUGACGCUUAGUGGCCAGGAUUUGCAGUCCGCCGAACAAGCCGACUUUUUGGCCGCCAUUACAACAGCCGGCGCUAAUGACGUCUUUGAUAUGGAACGAUUUGAAUUUUUGGGAGAUUCCUUCUUGAAGUUUUCAGUUUCCUUAUAUUUGGUUCAUAAAUAUCCGAAAUGGCACGAGGGAUUUUUAACUGAAAUCAAAGGGAAAAUAGUGUCAAAUAGAAAUCUAAUCUACUGUUUGCUCGAAACUGAUAUACCGGAAAGAGUUUGUGGAUACUUAUUUAAGCCUCCACAUGAGUGGUUGCCACCGCUUGUCAGCUUACCGAGCAACCUUUUAGAUGCCAUUACUAAAAAUAAUGACAUUUUAAAAGGACUCACACCGAGUGACCUGUAUUCAAUUGAGUUAGAUGAUAACGAGAUUUUCAGCGGUUGCUGUACAGCUGAACAUCUGCGCAAGGUCGUGGCCAGCGGUACACAAACGCAUAGAAUUCUGGAUGGGCCAGCAGGGGAGGAAGCGCGUCUGGACAAUGAGUUGAAUUUGUUUGCCUACAAAGAUACGUUGCGGGAUAAAUGUGUAGCCGAUACAUUGGAAGCGAUACUUGGUGUUUGUGUAAAGAAUUAUGGUAUUUAUAAUACAUUCCGUAUGUUGGAGUUCUUCGGCAUAUGCAAGCCUGACCCAGGUCAGUCAUUGUCCCGUUUAAUGGAUCUCAAGUUUACCAGCCCAUUAUUACAAACAAAUAUUUCAUCGCGCGAAGUUGACAGUUUUUUAAUCAAUUAUAAGAAAUUAGAGGAAAACUUAGGUUAUGAAUUCCGUGAUCGCUCGUUUUUGUUACAGGCCUUGACCCAUCCAUCAUAUCCGACUAAUCGCAUUACUGGCUGUUAUCAAGAGCUUGAGUUCAUCGGUGAUGCCAUAUUAGACUUUCUGGUUUCAUGUUACAUCUUCGAACGCUAUCGCCAUAUGACGCCGGGCAAAUUAACGGAUUUGCGUUCGGCAUUGGUAAAUAACAUAACAUUGGGGUGCGUAUGUGUGCGUCAUCGCUUCCAUUUAUAUUUGUUAGCUGAGAAUAGUGUACUUGCGGAAAAAAUUAAAGAUUUCGCAAAAUAUCAAGAAACACAUAAUUACAUUGUUACCGAUCAAGUUCACAUUUUGAUGGAAGAGAAUGUUAUGGCCGAAAGCGAAACAAACGGUACCACUUUUAAUUUGUCGGCCAACGUCGACGUUCCCAAAGCCCUUGGAGACAUUUUGGAAGCUUUAAUUGCUGCAGUGUAUCUGGAUAGUCGGGACUUGCGCACAACUUGGCAUGUCAUAUAUGGUUUACUGGAGCAGGAAUUUAACCAAUUCAGUCAGCAUGUGCCUAUAGAUGCAGUACGUCAAUUGAACGAUCAUAAACAUGCCAAUCCUAAAUAUGGUGAUCCAGUUGUUGACAAUGACACUUACAUGGUGAAAUGUCAGUUCACGUGCCUGGAUAAAAGUAUGGAGGUUAAUGGUUUUGGAUCCAAUGGCAAACAAGCCAAAAAAGCAGCAGCUAAGCAUGCACUCCAAAUUUUGGCGAAACAUUCGAGUUAAUUAUUUUAGUGUAUGUAUGAUUCUUCCACGAUGAGAUUCAGUUUUCAUCAUCAUAUCAUUAAUAUUUUUUUCACAAAACAUAAAUACCAAUAAUACUCCAUUUAAAAUCAAAAUAUCUUUAAGAUAUGUGGCUUAGAAGUGGUUGUGUAUUGCUUUAAGUGAUGUAAUAUCACAAUUAUCCGAUGAGCUCUCGGACUAUGAGCUUAAUUUUCGUGUGAUUUUAACUCUGUUUUUGUUUUAAAAUAUAUCUAAGUUAUUUGUGCAUUAAUGUCUAUGUAUAAAAUUAUAAUUAUAUGUAAAUUUGAUUUCAUUUACAUCGAACAUCAUCGUCGAGAAAAUGUGCUUGUAAAUACCAAAGUAUUUUCAAAAUCAAAUUUUAGUCUUAAAAUUUUAUGAUUUCAUUCAAAGAUUUUUUUUUUAAUAUCUUGUGCAAAAUAUUUUGUUCACAUAUUUUCUUAAAAAAAAAAACCAAAGGAUAUUCAAUGCAAACUAUUUUCUAGAGAUUACGUCAUAUCUGUCACCGACCUUUAUAUUACUAGCUUUAAAUACUUGUGCUUGCCGCAUUAGUUCAUGGAAAAUAUAUAUGUACAUAGUUCUUAAUUGAAAUAAAAAUUGAGUUUUGUUAUUAC